AAACCCUUUUUCAACGUUUUUCGAGAUAAUUAAAGUUAAAAAUCGUUACCGCCAAAGGCACACAGAAGAAGAGAAGAUUGCUGCAUGACUCUUCUCUGCUAGGGUUUUCGAUUUCACUCCUUCAUCAUCAGCCAUGGAUAUGACUAGUUGCGUCGGCAGAAGAACUCGCUCGAGGACGGAAUCUUACUUGAACGAUCUUCUCAAUCGAUCGAAGGGGAUUUCGUCCGCCGCGGAUCAAUCUAAGAGUAGAAAAGGGAGGCAGAGGAAGAGAGGGGUGCCCUUGCGCGAUGAUUCUUGUUCGCCGAAACGGCGCCGGAAAAAGAAGAGCAAGGAUGACGAUGACGUCGAGUUCGUCGGAACUAUCUAUCCGAAAGGUAAGCGAGAGAAGGAGGAUGACAAUAAUGUAGGUUCACCUUCGGUGAUAGCUCUUAGUUCAGAGUCAGAUAGGGCUUGUGGCGAGGAGAAACCUUGUGAUGAUAAUGGUUAUGUCGAAUUCGUCAGAACAAUCUAUCCGGAAGGUAACAAAGAUAUAGAGCCUAGUUUAGAGCCUAAAUCGCCUGAUCGAGAUGUUUUUUGUGAUCUGGCAGUGGAUGACGUGGAUUUGAUUGGUGAGAAGAAAUCUCAUGAUGGUGAUGUUGAUGAUGAUGAUGAUGUUGUUUUUCUCGGAACUUUGCCGAGAGACCAAGAACAUGUUGAUGAUUUGAUGGUUGAGGAGAAACGUCAUGAUGAUGUUGUUUUUCUCGGAACUUUGCCGAGGGAGCAAGAAGAUGUUGAUAGGGCUUGUGAUUUGGGUGUGGAUGAUGCUAAUUUGAUGGGGGAGGAGAAGAUUUCAGCGACUGGUGAUGAGGUUAUGAGUCUUAGGUCUAGUUCUGACGACGAAGAAGCUUAUAUAGAAUACUUAGGAACUGAAGUAUGUAGUGAAGAUGACGAUAGUGAUCAGUCUGACUCAUCUGAUUACACUUUCAAUUGUUCUGAGGACGAUGAGUUUGUUGGAGCCACACACACUGCUACAGUCAAGAAGAAGAGCCGGAGUAAAAGAGUAUGUAGUCAGGGAAAGCGGAAGACUUCUGAGAAGGUACAUGAACAGAGGAAACGAAGGAGAUUCCGUAGGGAGAAAAAGAAGAAGCACUGGAAUGUGGUUGAUCUGCUAGGAGAUUCGUUUCGUGGGUUGGAUGAGAGUUUUGAUGUUGGGGAAAACCCGUGGGUUUCGCCUCCCUUAAACCUGAGAUUUGGUUGUGAGGAGUCUGAGCCAGUUGAGAAAACAGAAGAGGAGAAAGAAAUAGACAGGUUGUGGCAAGAUAUGGCCUUAGCUUUAUCAUUGGAAGGAGUACACUCAUCUACUUAUUUUAAAGAUGGAGAUGUGUCAUGUAGCAACGGGAAGCAUGAUUUCGUCCUUGAUGAGGAAAUUGGUAUGAAAUGCCGCUACUGCUCUUAUGUCUCCGUUGAGAUGAAAGAUGUUUCACCUGCCAUGGACAAGUAUCGCGCUUAUGUUAACAACAAUGACAAGUAUCGUGAUUACGACAAGAAGACAUGUCGGAACAAAAAGGGUGACCCUUUACUUGACAGCCUUGAUUUGGAAGCGUCAGACCACAACAGCAACGUGGCGUCUUUGAAAAAUAUAAAGGGAACUGUCUGGGAGUACAUCCCUGGCAUCAAAGAUACUCUAUACCCACACCAGCAAGAAGGCUUCGAGUUUAUGUGGAAGAACUUAGCUGGGACAACAAAACUUGACGAGUUAAAAAGCUCAGUGGUAAAAGAAAGUGGCGGAUGCAUUAUUUCUCAUGCUCCUGGAACUGGUAAGACGCGUUUGACCAUCGUGUUUCUUCAGUCGUACUUAGAACAGUUUCCAGAUAGCCAUCCCGUGGUCAUAGCUCCUGCAAGUUUGCUGCUCACAUGGGAAGAAGAGUUCAAGAAAUGGAAUUCAAACAUUCCGUUUUAUAACAUGAGUAAUCAAGAGUUGUCAGGGCAAGAGAACCCAUCAGCUAAGGGGAAUAAGCACAAUAGAGGCAACAAGGAUUCUGUCCGUAUGGUUAAGCUAUGUUCUUGGAGGAACAAGAAAAGCAUUCUUGGAAUCAGCUACAGUCUGUAUGAGAAGCUCGCUGGGAAGAAGCGCGCCGCUGGGGAAACGCAAAAGGUUAGAAAGAUGUUGCUAGACAUGCCGGGGCUGCUGGUCCUUGACGAAGGCCACACUCCUAGGAACCACAAUAGUUGCAUCUGGAAAGUUCUCACUGAAGUGAAAACAGAGAAGCGUAUCAUUCUCUCAGGGACACCGUUCCAGAACAACUUCAAGGAGCUUUCUAACGUCUUGUGCCUGACGAGACCAGCUUACACAGAAAAGAUCUCUUCUAGGCUACAUGAUCUUACAAGGCUGAGCCAAGAAGGCAAAAACGGGAGGUUCGAUGAAGAAAUUGGAAUCGCGGAGCUUAAGGACAUGAUUGCUCCUUUUGUUCAUGUCCACAAAGGGAACAUCCUUCGAGAAAGCCUUCCAGGUCUAAGAGACUGUGUUGUAGUGUUGAACGCUCCUUUUCAACAGGAGAAAAUCCUGAAGAGAAUUGACCAUUCUCAAAACACGCUUGAGCUGGAGCACAAGCUUUCAGCUGUUUCAGUACACCCGUCUCUGUAUCUGGGACGCAAGCAGACCAACAAGGAACGUUUAACCAUUGGGCCAUUAAUAUUGAAAAGCCUGGAGAGCCUUACGCUUGACUCAAAGGAAGGUGCGAAAACGAGGUUCCUGAUCGACUUCAUCCGGUUCAGUGAAACAGUGAAAGAGAAAGUCUUGGUGUUUAGCCAACACCUUGACACUCUAGAACUGAUCAGGGACCAGCUCAAUGCAGUGUUUGGCUGGACUGAAGGAGAAGAGAUUCUGUAUAUGCAUGGUCAACUCCAACAGAAAUUCAGGCAGCGUCUGAUCAACAACUUCAACAAACCAGACAGCAAAUCCAAAGUGCUACUGGCGUCAACAGGAGCGUGUUCCGAAGGUAUUAAUCUUGUCGGAGCUUCCAGAGUUGUGCUCCUUGAUGUUGUUUGGAACCCUUCUGUCGAGAGGCAAGCCAUAAGUCGAGCUUACAGGAUUGGUCAGAAGAGGGUUGUGUACACUUACCAUCUCAUGGUUAAAGGCACAACUGAGUGGGACAAGUACUGUAAACAAAACAAGAAACAUCGUAUAUCAGAAAUGGUCUUCACUCCUACCAACGAGGAGGAUAAGCUGAUUGAAAACGAAGUUGUUUCGGAAGAUAAAAUUCUUGACGAGAUGGUUCGCCAUGAGAAGCUGAAAGACAUGUUUGGGAAGAUACUUUAUCGCAAGAAAGAAUCUGACAUGUUUACAAACAUCCUCUGAUUUUUGUGAUAUUCUUUUCUUUCUGUUAAUUCCACUAUUAAGACUCUCUCUAGGCGUUUGUAUUAAUAAAGUUCACUCUAGUGAUAUGAAUAUAUUACUAUCACAUGCU